AGCGAGUAUAAAACGAGUAGGUUCGGUCGUUUCGCGUCUUCUCGUUGCCCACAAGGUCAAGUGCGAGCGUCCGAGUCCAUUGCUCCUCGCGUGAGCAUCGCCCGCGCCCGCGCUACGUACACUCGCCCUACCCUAGCUGGACGAGGUCAAAAUGCAGAGUCCUAUACUGAUAUUGUUAGCUGCCUGCGUCAGCGUUCGCGCCAUCGAUGGCUCUGACAGCAAGUUUAUGAAGGACUACGCCAUGUUGAAGAUCUACGAAAGCUGUUUCGGUUCUAAUUUACUGAAACAGAUCACAAAGGAGCUAAGAGACGCUUACUCAAAAUGUUCAACAACGCCAUCUAUGAAGCAAACGCAGAACUCUUUGCCGUCUUACCUGAGUAACUUGGCGCCUGGCUUCGCUAUGGAUCCGACGCAGUCCAACGUCAAGCACACAGAUGGCGCUAUACAAAAUGAUGAAAACGAUUUACCCAAUCAAGAAGCUCCGCAAUCACAGAAAGUCGGCGGGAUAUUCGCUUUUCGACCUCAAGGGGUUCCAUUCCCUCAACCCGGAAUGUCGCCAUUCAUGAUGCCGGCCGGGCCGCAAUUCCGCCCGUAUAACCCGGCCAUGUUCCAGCUGCCUUACCAGGGCUACCUGCCCCCGGGACUACCCUACAACCCCUACUAUCCUCCGUACCAGUUCUACCAGCAACAGCCCUACGUCGGAGCCAAUCGGAUGUCUCGCCAAAUCGGUCUUCGAACUCGACUGGGACUCCACGCGCCGCGCUCCGUCAAUCACAACGUGACCUGCGUGAUGCAGGAACUGGGUUACGUGGACGACAACAUGGAACCGAACUUCGAACAUAUCAGAGCGAGGAUCGGCAGCCUACCGGUCUCGGAUGAACUCAAAGGCGACAUCCAAGAGGGCCUUCAGUUCUGUCAGAAGUUUUCGCAAUGCGUUCCGGAAGAGAAGCGUGAUAUAGUAGCCAGACCACAGGAACAGAUCAGAUCGAUUUUCUUCUUCAGAUGCUACAAGCACAAGAAACUAGAGGCGUGCAUCAUGAAGGACAUCAAUGAACACUUCGCCAAGGAAUACGCUUUCGACCACGAGACGCCCGAUUUCGCUUACUCCCGUUCAGGACGCUCUGCUCGCGACCUCCCCCUCAGAGAUCCGAGCCUCGAAGCCUUGGAGGAAAUGGAGGUGUACCUGUAUGACUAUCUUAGCGGAGGGGGCGCCUUCGAUUUUGACCUCUACAUCUAAGUACUAGCGUAGUACUUGACCUCUGCAUCUAAGUACUAGCGUAACACUAAGAUACGAUAACUGCUUCCUGAGUCGCGAAAGGCGAGCAAUUCCCGACGACAUGGCGCCCUAUCCUGCAGUCGGGUUUCCUGUGAGCCUAUCGCAAAAUCUAACAUUAAUUUCACGAAAAAAAACAACAGAAAAAAACUAGCUUUAGCCAUUUGAACGCGAAAGCUAGUUUAAUAAUCAAGGAAUAUUGUAACACGCAAACAAAUAUUAUUGUAUUAAUAUCAGUUCUGAUAUUGUGUAUACGGGAGGGAGAGUAAUAUUGAGUUCUGUACAAUAUCGAUUAUUAAAUCAUGAAUAAAAUUAAAUUUUCAUUUUCACGUUGUAAUUAUUAAGAGAAAUCGUUUAUAAAAUCAUAAUUAAACAUCUUUGUAUUAUUAUUUUCGUAUUUAAUCUACAAAAUAUUAUCAAUACUAAUCAGAUCUCAAAUAAAUUAUAAAUUCAAGGGUGAACAGAAUAUAUUUAGUUUUGACGGAAAACUUUGCAUUAUAGACAUUAAAAAUAUCAUUAUUUUUUUUAAAGUAUGCUAAAAAUUAUCAAUUAAACUUAGCACAUCAUUCAAAAUUCGUAUUACAAAAAAGUAUAUUUUAAAAACAUUUUAUAUCAUGCCAUUACUUUCAUUAGUUAGCAUGCUAUUAAUAACAACUAGUUUGGAAUGUUAUUACAUUAAUUAUGUCCAUUUAAAAUUAGUUUUUUAAUUAAAUAUUGUAUUUUAUCACUUGUAUCGGUGUGGAACGUUUGCUACGAAAUAUUAAAUUUCUAAAUUCGUAUUAUGUAAUAUUCGUAAAAUAAAAAAUUAAUCAAAAUGUUACCGUAGCAAAUUUCGAAUUAACUUGUCUCCAAAGCUAUAUUACACAGCUUUUUAGAUGACUUAAAAUUUACUUAUACGAACAUUGCAUUACAAUUAAUUUAAGUUAAAAAUUUAGUUAAUAUUCAUCAUCAUCAUUCUGAUCAAAAGUAUGCCUUAUAAAUUAAUAAGUACUAUAUACAGGGUGUAACAGAAUGAUUCUCCAAGUUCAAUAUUAAUUUAUCUAAGCCAAGCGUUUACGUUUUAGUAUAGAGAGUUAGUUUGCUCUUCUAUUCUCAAUCGAACGCGUAUUUUAGUAUUGACGUAUUAAGGAUCAGCAAGAACCGCUUUCUUCGUUUACAGAAGUGAUUUUACUACACCCUGUAUAAAACAUAUUUUCAUAAAUUUAAAAUUUAGUAUUUUAAUAUCGGAAUUCCACAUAUUAAUGUGCUAAGCUAACUAUAAGCUUUACGUACUGUUAGAAUAGGAUCUAACACUUGAAAAUGUAUUAACGCUUGCGCUCUGCAGUGUUGCGAUCACGUCCUUACGGAUCCAUCAGAUCCAAUAACCCUUUUAUUAGACGCCUUCAGCUCUAACAUUAGAAGCAAACUUAGGGACCCCGGUAACCGUACUCGUCAACCUCGACAAAGAGUUCGACGUGCAACCUAACCCAUGCAUCGGCCCGCUGAGUUUCUCGCCGGAUCUUCUGAGCGGGUCGCGAUUCCGAUCCGGUAGUAGAUUCAUUCGCGAAGCAGUUGCUCUUGAGCUGUUAGGUCUCCUUUGGAGGCGCUCGGGCAACUGUUAACAAAUCCCACCCCUCCUGGUUGACCAUUUGCUCGCCCACCUAUCCUAGUGAAACCGGAAAGGCACCUGGGCCACCAGUAAUCACUGAAUCCAAAAAAAUGUGUUGGUACACUUUUAAUCAUACAUUGAGUAGAAAGAGGGUAGACAGAUUUGUCUGCUCCUAAAGUCGCAGUCGUCCUACUACCCUCAAAUUAAAAAUCGUGUUAAGAGCUCUUUGAAUAAUGGUAUUUAUUAAAAAAACUUAUUAAUUUAAGUAAGUAAUUUAAAUUCAAUGUGGACCUCGGUUUUUUAAGUAAGUAAUUUAAAUUCGCACCUCAGUUUUUAUUUUAUUAGUAAAUUUUAUGAUGAAAAUCUGUUUGAAACCAUAUUCCCUGUAUAUUCCCAUUUGCAAUAUUUGAUUAGCGUUAACAAGAAACUACUGUAAAACGACAUUUAGUGAAGCAAAUCAGAGUUCUAACAGUACGUAAUUAGCAAAAUAUAUACGUAAUUAAUAUUAAUUAGUUAAUAAUAAAUGUACACGAAAUGCAUUUACUAAUGAUUAGAAUUAGUUACGUUUUAUAUCAUUAAGUUAUAAUUUGUAAAAUUAUAUGAAAAAUAAAUGCUCAAAUAUCA